AUGGGAAACGAAUGUUGUAAAAAACAACCAAGAAAAAUACCACAUCCGCCUCAUCAUCCACCAUCAGAAGAACCUUCCGAUGACGACACAGAAAAUGGUGGUGUUAAUGAUCUUUCAACCAAACCUUUAUCUAUAAAUAGAAAACACAAACCUAGUGACAUUAAAGUUGCUGAUGAGGAAGCUUUCAAUGAUCCGUUUAUUCAACAACGUCAAAAGGCAAUAGAUAAUAGUUCGUAUCGAUCGAAAAUUGAAUCAUGGCAGCCAAGCUCACUUGAACAUCUUUCACGUUUGAUCAAAGAUCUAUCUAGAGGUAAAUCAAUAAUUGAUCGUCAUUGGAUUAUAUUCUAUUGGAUUGCAUUUAAUAUUCAAUAUGAUACAGUAUCUUAUUUUUCAAAAGAUUAUAAAGAUCAAACAGCAGAAGGAGUUUUUCUAUCAAAGAAAGGUGUUUGUGCUGGUUAUGCUAAUGUUUAUAAGUAUCUAUGUGAUCAAUUGGAACUGCCAUGUGAAGCCGUCGGUGGAUAUUCGAAAGGGUAUGGAUUUGACGAUCGAGACGGUGCAAAAUCAAUGGAAACUGAUCAUGCAUGGAAUGUUGUUGAAAUUUAUCAUCAUUGGUAUCUAAUGGAGUCAACAUGGGGCGCUGGACAUCUUGAUGACCAAAAACAAUUUAAACGUGAAUUGGCAUCAUACUAUUUUCUUCCACGUCCAAACGAAAUGAUUUAUCAUCAUUUACCAGAAGAUCCAAAAUGGCAAUUGCUAAAAAGUCCAAUUAACAGGGAACAAUAUUUACAAUUGCCGAAACUUCGUCCAGAUUAUUUUGAAUUUAAACUUGAUAUGAUUCAGCCACGGUAUCGAUGUUUUAUUGAUUUCGAACAAAAUAAAUCCUAUGGAUUGAUUAUUAUGAGUGCACCAGUUGGAAUAACUCUGACAGCUAAUUUAAAACAACAUGAUAAAGUUAUUCCAUUUAGCGAUCAAACUAUUUUUAAUAAAAAGAAACGCUGCCAUUAUUGUUACUUUGCCCCACCUAAUAUCGGUCAAUACAGAGCUAAUGUUUAUGCAAAACAUGAUGAUACAGAUGUUGGCGUUUAUCGAUGUGUACUUGAUUUAAAAUUUGAUGUAAAAGCAAUGCCUGAAAAUCCAAUAAGUUAUCCAAAACUUUGGAAGAACUUUUUUGAUUAUAGAAUAGAUAUUCUUUCACCAUUAAAUACACAUUUAAUCAAUAUUGGCAAGAAUAAGAAAUAUGGAGAAAUAAUACUGCGUACACGACCGGACGUCGUAUUAUUAGGUGAACUUAAAAAUGAAAAUGAGGAAAUAAUAAAGGGUGGCGAUCAAGUUUAUUAUGAUAGAGAAAAAGAUUUUUGGAGGUGUCAAUUUGCUCCGAAUAAAAAUGGACUCUUCAAUGCACUUAUACUUGCUAAGAAAAAAUCCAAUCCGGGCAGUUACACUUCUACUAUACUAUUUCAAAUUAAUACCAACAAUGCUUUACGACACUUUGUAUCGUUUCCAAAGACAUGGGAAACUUUUUAUAAUCUUGGUUUGAAAAUAGUAUCUCCAAUUGAUGAAGGUAUCAUUGUAUUAAAUGAUAAAACACCAUAUGCUAAAAUACUUAUUAAAACUCCGAAAGACAUUCUUCUAUUGAGUCAACUGCAAAACGAAAAAAAUGAAGAGAUUUCCAAUGGGGCAAACAUUCAUUAUGAUGCCGAUGAAGAUAAAUGGUUAUGUACAUUCGCACCUGAUCAACGUGGAAUCUUUGAAGGCCUUAUUCUUGCUAAGAAAAAAUCUGAUUCAGAACUUUAUACUUCUGCUGUAUCAUUUACUCUCGACGUAAAACAACGUUCUUCGAAAGCAGUUUACUUACUUGAUACUACUCAAGUUUAUUAUGAUCUGAGUCUUGAAGUCUUACCUCCACAUGAUCAAAAUAAAAUUAUCUUGCCGGAAAAAAACAAUUACGUUGAAAUAUGUUUAAAAACUCCUGAUACUGUUGAUCUUCUUGCUAAAUUGAAGAACUCGACUAAAACGGAAAUUCCAUAUUCAUAUCAACUUUAUUAUGAUCGACAUAAAAAUAUUUGGCGUUGUAAAUUCGCACCCAAUAAUAAAGGUAUUUUCUAUGCUACUAUUUUGGCCAAGAAAAAGUCUGAACGUGGUCUAUACUCAGCUGCUGUUACUUUUCCCAUCGAAGUGAAUCAUAUCCCUUCAUCAAAUUUAACAUUUCCAACUACUCUACAAUCAUUCUUUGAUUAUGAUCUUAAAAUUAAAUCACCACGCUCACGUGCCUCACCUAAAUGGUCAGAAAAAUCAUCGUAUACCGAAGUUCUUAUUCAAGCACCCGAUGAUAUUCAAUUAUCUUCUAGUAUGCAACGCAAUAAGAUGCCUGUAGAAAACGGUUCAUUGGCGCAAUAUGAUCAUGAAAGACAACUUUGGCAAUUUUUAUUUGCACCUGAACAAACAGGUUCACAUGAAUUAAUUAUUUUUGCUAAACGAAUCAAUGACACAGAUACAGCAGCUGGUGCAGUUGCUAUUUUUCCAUUGAAUGUUACAAAAGUUGAACAGCCAAUGAAAUUCCCUCUGAUUUAUACACAUUUUGAAACAACAAAAUGUCAAAUUUACAAUCCUCUAUAUGGAAUUUUGAAACGAAAUACAACUGUACCAAUUCAUUAUUGUAUUCCUGGUGCAAUAUCUAUUAUGAUAACAGCUGGAGCUAGAACACUUCGAGGUGAAGGUUAUACAGAUCCGAUUUUUCAACGUGAAAUAACUGUUGGUUCUGAAGAAAUUAUUAUUCAUGCAAAAUAUGGGCAAAAUCCGCACUAUACGACUUUGAUAAAAUAUUCUGUUGAAUAA